UUUUGCUCGUGGCGUUUACGUAAGCGAGUGUGGAAACAAAACAAAAGCAGCUGGCUUGUUCGGGUAUGAUUAAUUUAUCACGCAGCCUGUUUGUUUUUGUUUUUUUUCCCCUGCUCUUUUCAGAAGGAGGUGAACGACAGUAGAGCUGAGAGGAGAGUUUCACAGAGUCUGUACAAAAAGAGUACAGAAAGCGGCUGAGGCAGAGAAUCGCAGACAGAAGCCUCGUUCUCUUGGCUGCGUUUCAGCUCCAAUAAAAUGGCGUCCCGUUUCGAGAGAGAGAGAGGCUGGCAGACAGACGACGGCUCGCCCGUGCCACCAGGGUGCUCUUUCCAUUCACAUCUCCAGAUUGUGUCUCUGUUUCUCUCCUUUUUUUGCCCUCUUUCGCUGAUUGGAACACUUAGCUGAAAAUGUCAGGCAUUAACAGCAGUUCCGCUGAUCAUACAAAUGAAAAGAAAAAGGAAAAACCUUGAGAUGUUAAGUUAUUCAAGCGCUGAAACAAUGCCAAGGCUGCUCUAAAGGCAUUUCAGCCUUUGCCAAAACAGCUCAGAUGAAGGACAUUUGAGCUUUUUUGCGGAACAGCAGCACGGCUUUACGGUUUAACCCAAACAGCGGCAGGCUGCUUAGUCCACGGGGAAAUCUUAAUUUUUGGUUUUUUUUUUUGCUUCCUUUUAAUAAGCCAUUUGAUGCCAGAGCCAAAAACAACAACUCUGAUUUUAUUUCAGGAAGGUGUGGGAAAGUAAUCUGUCCUCUCUUGGUAUGACCAGAUUAAAAGCAAAAUCCGUCAAAUUUUUGAAUAUUAUGCUUAGUACAGUGAUUACUGCUCCAUUCUAGAGAAAUUGUUCACAGUGGUGGUAAUAGAAAGCAGACGUCCUCUAAGACCUCUAAAAGCUCCCUUACAGAAAGUUAUUACAUGAAAUGAAUACAGUGCCUGAUGUCUGAGAUGCUGUUUUAUGAUAGUUUUGAGAUGAUUUUGGCCUUAAACUCCAUUCAUGUUGGAGGAAUACAUAACUUGAAGGGUGCUGUGUGGCAAAAUAGUCCCCUCUAAAAAAGGAUCAUUUCAGAUUUUCCUAUCAUUCCAUAUAAAACUCAGAAGACACUGGUAGGUUCACUGGUGGUUUUGGAUAGUAAAUAAAAUGUCUGUAUUUGUGUUGUAGUCAUCAGUUUUAGAUACAGAUCACAUUCCUAUAAAACCUAAUGAUAUUUGAAUUAUAAUAAAUUAACAUAAAUCAAGCUGAAUUAUGCACUCUUAAAAGGAUGGUUCUUCAAGGGUUCUUUAGUAAAGAACAUUGUUCUAUAUAGAACCCUGAACACUCAAAGAACUGUUUGCAUGAAAUGGUUUCUCAGAUGUACCUUCAGGUGAUGGAGAAUGUGUUGUAUAUGGUUCUAUACAGCACCAAAAAGGAUUCUGCUAUUGUGACUGUUCAAAAAGGUUCUAUAUAGAACCGUACAGCACAUUUUCCAUCAGUCUAAAGGACCAUUUCACCAUGCACAGAACCCUUUAAUCAUGCAUCUAUAUACCACCCAAAGGGGUUCUUCUAUCGUAUACAAACUUGACAUUUGUAACAAUAGCAGAACCCUUUUUGGUGCUAUUGAGAACCAUUUUCAAAAACAACACAUUCUCUGUCAAUCUGAAGAACCAUUUUACCAUGCAAGGAACCAUUUAAGGCAUGCAGGUGGUUCUUUGAGUGUUCAUGGUUCUAUAUCAAACCAUUUUCCUUACUAAACCCUUGAAGAACUGUCUUGUUUAAGAGUGUAGUUAUUGCACAUACUUGCUUCGUAAUGGGUGUCCAAAGUCCGGCCCCAGGGCCAAAUCCAGUCCACGGACAGAUUAUAACUGGCCCCCGGCUUCUGUUUUACAGUGUAUGAUAAGUGGCCUGCCAGCCAGUAUGUUGCAGUUCUUCCUUUGACCAGAUGGUGGCAGCAGUAUUGUGAAGUUACAGUGUAUCGUGCCACACUGUGGUAACGCAGUUAGCUAAAGUUUAAGAGCCGUUCUUCUCUGAUUAGACCUGCAGUUUCAUUAACUGAACAACAUUUGGUCAAGACUACAGACAUAAAACACAAACUAAACCCUGAGAACUGGCGAUUUUGGUGGGAUGGAAAACUUCUUAUGGGAGCAAAUUCAGUAGUUCAGUGAAUACCCGUAAAUAUCUGUAAAUAUUAAGUAAACACUUGAAUAGGAAUGUUAGUAAUACAUUAGACAUGUUGUAUUGUUACUUUUAAUCAAAUUAAUUAUUUAUUAUAAGCGCUUAUCAAUCCAAACUGUUCUGAAUGAACAAUGAACAAUAAAGGAAGUCUCCUGCAUCAUUUAGACAGUGAUAGGAAACACGGCAGCUCACAAAAAGCUCAGAUUCUAUGCGCUGAUAUUUUGAAAACUUAUUUUGAAAAUCAUUUGUGAAUAAUAGUCUGGCCCUCAGGUAUUUUGACAUGGCACGAUCUGGCUCUCUUUGAAAAAAGUUUGGACACCCCUGCUAUAGACUAACGAACCGUUUUAUACCAAAUUUACUGCAUGUAGCUCUUCAGUUCUGCCCUUCAGACUGAAGCAUUUUCUGUAAUAAAAGGCUUGUUAUUUGAAGCUGAGAGGUGUUUAAUAGUGUUUACUUUUGUACAUUGCAGUCCCUAACAACGAGACUAAACUCACAAUUCUCUACUAAAGACUCAGGACUCGCAUGAAGCGACUUGUAAAUAUCUCUGGUGGGGUCAAUAUGGCAUCUAUUGUUUCUUAUUGCACCAUAAAAGUUAGCUCCUGCUCAGCUCCUCUGCCGUGUGGAGCCAGGGCUGCCAGUCAGCCGGUGCCAUUGUAUGUAAUGUGUUGUGAUUGCUGUCCUUAUCUGCUGCUUCCUCCUGGACUUGCUCAGGAAAUGCCUCUUUCACGAGUGAAAGUUGAUAUCGUCUUCAAGUCUGAAUGGGGAAUUCUGGAGCUUCUGAAUGAGUUCAAGUGAUGUGUGGUUUCUUGAUGUAUUUGCUGGAUUACUGUCAAGGAUCUUUUCACCAAUAUAGCUCGGGGUUUUCUGUUAUCCAGCUUUUCCCUUCAAUUUCAGCUCUGAAAUGUUUAUAUAUUACUGCCUUGCAUGGAGCAAGGACCUUGCUUGCUUUCUUCAUAACCCUUUUUUUCUUUUCAUCUCGACUCCUCUGCUGGCAUGGCUUUUUUAGAUGUGACAGUGAAGAUUUUAGAUGCUUCCUUCAAAAACCACGGUUAAUCGCUGUAUACAUUUGUGGUUCCUCGAAAAAGACUCUGUGGGAUGCGGUUGGGGUGAAAAUCGCCUACACCAGUUUAAACUGGACUGACCGCUGCACAGCUUUGCCUCUCUGUCUAAAGGCUCGCUGUGUGAUGUAGACUAGCUCGUGUGGCGUCGGCUGAAAUGCAUUGGGCCCUGACGGCUCUGGGAGAUAAGGGUGCCUGGGGAGAGCAGAUAAGUACACCGAAAAGAAAAUUGCAUUCUGAGGGACUGGGCACCAGCGCAGUUUAUGCGGGACCUUACGGCUCACGUCUGUCAUAAACAGAUGCAUUCUGUUUGACAGCUUGUCCACAGCACAUUGUGCCACUGAUUGAUGGUUACAUUCAUUGGCUGAAUUGAGAGACUUAAUGGAAAUGAAGCCCGAAGUGCUGCCUCAUCAGAGUGGUCAGGGAGCCCAGCAUGAGAAUUCCCACUGGGGUGUCCCAACCACCAACAGCAGCAGCAGCACCUGUUGGGAUCGAGUGAUUAUUGACGAAAAAGACACUGAAGCUUGGCCUUCUAUUCAACAAAGCAACAACCAGCAGUCGUUAGAAUGUACCUUGGAUGCUGACUCGUCAGAGGUUGUCAGUAGUAGCAUGAGUAUGGCUACAGGAGCUAGCCAACACAGUCACUACCCCAUUAGCAAAGCCAGUAUUAAUCACCCCUCAAGUAUGGUCUCCAGUCAGGGUGGACCCAACAGAGGAUGGGGCUCUGAGGGUAAGACUGAUUUGUCCCUAGGCAGCAGGAGCCAGUCCAGUUGGGGUUCUUCUAAUCUAAAUUUGAACCCCAAUGCUAACCCUGCUGCAUGGCCCGUACUUGGACAUGAAGCCCCAGGAGUGGGGUCAGGGCCGAGUGGUAUGGGUGGCUCAAGUUCAAUCCCGUCCACCAUGUGUGGCCCAGGAGGUGUUGCGCCAGUUCAUGGCACCAAUGGAAAUGGCAAUGUUGGAUGUGCCAAUGGAAACCUUGUAGGAGACUGUGCUUGGGGGAACCCAGACACCCCAGACCAGCACCAGUCUCCAACAAACAUUUUGGAGACUCCUAACCUUAAAACUGAUGGACCAAACACUAAAGCAGAGCCAAUGAGCCCUGUGAACAGCUGGAGAGGAACCCUAAGUCAGUCUCCCACUGAUCAAGCCACUGGAGACGGAACUGCUCUUUGGGGCAACGGAGAUGCCAAGGGUGGAGAAUCAAAAGACUCAGCCUGGGAUUCUGGUGGUGUCUCCUCCUGGGGUCGUGGAGGAGGAAGUUCAGGCUGGGGUGAAUGGAACAAGCAGUCAAGCACUGAAGGUACAGGGUGGGAUGCCAACAAUGGACCUUCUCAGGAGCCAAUGAGUUCCUGGGGCACUGAUGCUCCAGCCAGUGAAGGUAGCAGAGACAGCAGCGAGGGACACUCGCAAAGAAGAGAAAGGUCCUCUAGUGUGGAGUUUCCACUUCUGCCGAGACAGGACCUAGACCCUCGUGUGCUCUGCAACUCUGGCUGGGGACAAACCCCAGUUUGCCAGCACACGGUGUGGGAAAUGGAAGAAAAUUCUGACAUCAAGGAUGAUGGUGGCACUGAAGCCUGGAGUUCUUCCUCUAAAGCACCUUCAACUGGAUCUGCACCUCCUCCUCCAGGAUGUGUCAAUCCUAACCUAAAUGCACCACCUAGGAUGGACUCUGGGAGCAAGAAUGCCCCGGAACCUUCUCGAGGUAUGUCAACCCCAGGCUGGGGAGGGUCAGUCCCUCCCACCAGUCAGCCCAGUACUGGAUGGGGGGACCCACCUGCUAAUAAGAAGGUGCCCAAUGGAUCAGUUGGUAGUUGGGGUGAGCCAAUGCCAGAUGGCCCCAGCACCAAUGGCUCUAGUGGCCAAUCAUGGGGCUCAGAAGAAAAGUCCCCCAGCUGGGAAGAUGGUCCUGCACAAGCCAAAUCACAAGGUUGGGGAGAUGGUCCCAGUGCUUCUUCAGGCUGGGGAAGUAGUGGAAGUGGAAACGGUGGAGAGUGGGGAGAGCCUUCAGAGAGGAGAAACAAUGGCUCUGGUAGCUCCUCUUGGGAUGGAGAUGGAGGGAACUGGAAGGAGCCUCAGAAGGGAUGGAGCAAAGCAGCUCCAGCAUCAGCUGGAGGCUGGGGAGACUCCCAACGCCCAAAUGGUCAUGUGCAGGGUUGGGGUGGCAAACCUCAAGAAUCCUCUAGUGGCAGCACUGGAAGCAUGGGUUCCUGGGGCGGCCCAAACUCUGUGAAGCAGGGCGGCUCUGGCUGGGGCUCUGCAGGAAGGCAGGAUGCAGGAGAGGAGGCUACAGGCUGGGAAGAGCCUUCCCCUUCUUCGAUCCGCCGCAAAAUGGAGAUUGAUGAUGGAACCUCCACCUGGGGAGAUCCCAAUGCGUACAGAACAUGCGUCAACAUGUGGGACAGGAAUAAUCCUGCUUCCCAUCCAGGCAACAGCAACAAUGGCAGCAGCAACAACAACCAUACAGGGCCUAGUAACAACAAUCACCACCCUCACCACAACCAGGGUCCAGCUCAGAACCACUCCAAUGGCAACAACAAUGGUUCACCAAACCAACCGGGACCUCCACACAACAGGCUGCCCAUGGUGAACCCAGGUAAGAGAAGCUGGGGCGAGCUGCCCAAUGUGCAGACCAAGUCAGAGUCUUCAUCCUGGGGGGAGCCUCCCUCCUCCAGCACCACGGUGGAUAAUGGCACCGCUGCCUGGGGGAAACCGCCCAGAGGAUCCGGAGGCUGGGGAGAGAGCUGCCACGAGUCUGCCGGACACUUCGGCAGGGCCAGUGCACCCUCCGGCUCAGGGCCCUGCAAACCAGCCCCCAAAUCUAUGCAAGACAGCUGGGGGUCAGGAGGGGAGGAAAUGGGCAUGAGCAGCAGCCAAUGGGACGCUGAGGACGGCGACAUGUGGACCAGUCCCACCUCCCAGGACAGCAGCUCUUCCUGUAGUUCCUGGAACCAGUCCAAGAAGGGUCUACAGAAGGCGAAAGUGUCCACCAAACAGGAUGAAGUCUGGAUCAUGAAUCGACUUAUCAAACAGCUCACAGACAUGGGCUUCCCUAGGGACCCUGCAGAGGAGGCACUGAGAAGCAACAACAUGAAUCUGGACCAGGCUAUGAGCGCUCUGCUGGAGAAGAAAAGCGAAGGGGACAAGCGGGGGAUGGGAAUGGCCGAUUACAGCAGCGGCAUGAACAAGCCCCUGGUGUGCCGUCCUCCGAGCCUGUCCAAAGACUCCUCACUGGACCGAGCCCCCUUCCUGGACAAGGACGGCGGGUUGUCGGACGACACACCAUCCUCACCGUUUCUGCCUUCUCCCGGACUCAAGCUCCCGCUGACCAAUAGCAGCCUUCCCAGCCACGGACUGGGCGGGGUCUCCCCAGGACUGGCCAUGCAAAACUUGAACAACAGACAGAUGAAUGGAAUGUUUGGCAGUAACGGAGCAGCACAAGCUCGGGCUCUGCAGCAGCAGGCUCCGCCCCCUCAGCCGUCAGUGCCGCCUCUUAGCUCCGCCCAGCCUAAUCUACGCGCUCAAGUGCCUCAGUUUCUCUCCCCUCAGGUUCAAGCACAGCUCUUGCAGUUUGCAGCAAAAAACAUUGGUCUGAACCCUGCACUUUUAACCUCACCAAUAAAUCCUCAACAAAUGACCCUGCUGUACCAGCUCCAACAGCUACAGAUGGCGUACCAGCGUUUGCAGAUUCAGCAGCAGAUGAUGCAGGCUCAGCGAAAUGUGUCUGGUCCCAUCAGACAACAGGAGCAGCAAGUUGCACGCACAAUCAAUAACAUGCAGCAGCAGAUCCAGCAGCACCAGAGGCAGCUGGCGCAGGCCCUGCUGAUGAAGCAGCAGCAGCAGGCGCCCCCCGCCCCGUCCCAUGGCGGCCUGCACCCUGGCCUCGCCAAACCAAACCUGGAUGUCUUCCCAGGAAACCCUCAGGCUCCAGGCCUGUCCAUCUCCGACCUGCAGACCAAAGAGCCACAGAGUUCUCCCAGCUCCUUCAACCCGUACCCUCUGUCUGGUUUGAAUGGUAACGUGGGAGUGGGCUGUAUGGAUGUUGGUGGUCUGGCGCUGAAGGACACUCCGCCGCAGCCUCAGUCCCGUCUGUCACAGUGGACUCACGCUAGCAGCAUGGACUCCCUUACCACCUCCACACCUCACAUGGAGACCAGCCUCAGCAAGCAUGGUCCUGCAGUCUCCACCCAUGUGGCCGACAGUAAGCCGGCGAUGGAAGACUCUUUCAGCCCUUAUAACCUCCUGUCCACCUCACAGUCUCCCAGCAGCCCCAUGGUGGCGCCAGAGAGCUGGACACAGGGCAAGAGCCCUAACGAGAAAAUGUCAAAUGGGACGAACAUCAGCUGGCCUCCAGAGUUUUGUCCAGGAGUUCCUUGGAAAGGCCUGCAGAACAUCGAUCCCGAGGCUGACCCCAACAUGACCCCAGGAAGUGUUUCUGGAGGCCCCACCAUCAACACCAACAUUCAGGAUGUGAACCGCUACCUGCUGCGGGACAGGAGUGGAGGUAAGCUUUUGGACAUGAAGUCCACCUGGUCGGCAGGUCCUAUUUCACACACGCAGGCCUCGAUGUCCCAUGACCUUUGGAAGGUUGCUCCAGGAGGUCGGACCUCCACGGCCCCGUCUCGCCCCCCUCCGGGCCUCACCAAUACCAAGCCCUCUCAGAGCUGGACAUCUGGGUCACUGGGUCUCAGCCAGGGCUGGAGCAGCUCCUACUCCUCAGAGGGAACUGCCUGGAGCUCAGACAGCUCCACCAGGACCAGCAGCUGGCUUGUUUUGCGGAACUUGACUCCUCAGAUUGACGGUUCCACUCUGAGGACGCUGUGCAUGCAGCACGGUCCUCUCAUCACGUUCCACCUCAGCCUGCCGCAGGGUAACGCGCUGGUGCGCUACAGCUCCAAAGAGGAGGCAGCCAAGGCCCAGAAGUCCCUGCACAUGUGUGUUCUGGGUAACACCACCAUCCUGGCAGAGUUCGCUGGAGAGGAGGAAGUGACCCGUUUCUUCGCCCAGGGUCAGGCCCACCCACCCAACAGCAGCUGGCAAGGCAGCGCCGCCCCUGGGUCCAACCAGCAGCGCAUGGGAAACCACUGGGGCAGCGCAGGCUCAGCGGGCACCAAGACGGGCACCAGCUCGGGCAGCGGAGGUAGUGGAAAUGGGGGAGACCUGCUGUGGGGCGGCGUUCAACAAUACUCCAGUUUAUGGGGUCCUGCUAACGGCGAGGAGACCAGGGUUAUGGGGAGCCCGAUCCCAAUCAAUACACUGCUGCCUGGAGACCUGCUGAGCGGAGAGAACAUGUAAGAGCUGAUGGUCCAGCGCCAAAAACGAGAAACAGGAAAAAGGAUUUAAAAAACAAACAAAAUAAAAACAAAACAGUAGACAAUGGGAAAAAAAACAAACAAAAAAAAGACAAACAAAUAAGCAAAUCAGUGUGAUGAUAAUCACUUUCUUUCUACAGAGCUGAAAAAAAAGGUUUCGGGGUAAGACUGGAACGCUUACCUCUACCUCUGCUGAUCAGUUUAUCAGUGCAUCUUUUGGAAACUGGAGAUGUUCAGAGCGUCAAAGCAUCUUUUAUUGUUUGUAGACUUUCAAAAAAGCAAGAAUCAACAGAAACGGAAGCCUUUGUUGUUUUUAUAGUUUGUUUUACUUUUCCCAAAAAAAGUUCUUUUUUUUUGGUUCAGGAGAAGCAGAGGAAAGGCAGCCAUUUUUAAAACCAAGCCCAGAAACAGAAAAACCUCACGGCCCUGCAGCCUUCCUGACCGAGACGCUGGGGAAAAGCUCCUGCUACCUUCUUACGCAUUUCAACGUUCAGUGUGUGGUUUCUUCAGAACUUAUCUUAGCCUUAAGUGCUCGCGCUCUUUUCUCUCUCGCUCUCUCUGUCUAGGUCAUUCUUGAGCAUUAUUAUUAUUAUUAUU